AUGGUCGACGUUCCCAAGGUUUGCCGCGCCGCGCCCGCUACCAAUGCUGGUUCGAUGAACUACACCAUCACUUGCCGCGAGGACUACCCAGUCCCCGAGCCCAAGGAGGGCGAGCUUCUCGUCAAGCUCAACUUCUGCGGCGUCUGCCAGUCUGACCACCACAUGAUGGCUGGCGACUGGGGUCUUGGCCCCGCUCCUGGCGUCGACUGCACCGGCCACGAGGGUGCUGGUGUCGUCGCCAAGCUCGGCCCCGGCGUCGACCCCGCCAAGUGGAAGAUCGGCGACCGUGUCGGCAUCACCCCCGUCAACUGGACGUGUGGCGAGUGCGAGUUCUGCAACAACGGCCACGAGACCAUCUGCCUCAAGAAGUCGUACAUCGCCAACGCCGUCAACGGCACCUACACCCAGUACCCGACGGUGCACGAGUCGUGGGCCAUCCGCAUCCCCGACAACGUCGACGACGCGCAGGCCGCGCCCUUCAUGUGCUCGGGCGGCACCGCCUACACGGCCACGAAGGCCGCGGGCGCCAAGCCUGGCGACACGAUCGUCGUGUUCGGCGCGGGCGGCGGUGUCGGCCACAUGGUCACCCAGUUCUGCAAGGCCGACGGCUUCAACGUCAUUGGCAUUGACGUGGGCGACGCGAAGCGCAAGGUCGCUGAGCACGCCGGCGCCGCCCACUUCCUCGACGUCACCAAGGUCGCCGACAAGGACCUCCCCGCCGAGGUCCGCAAGCUCUCGCCGGACGGCUUGGGCGCCCACGCCGUCAUCGUCGCUGCCGGUAACCCGAAGGCGUACGCCAACGCCCCCGGCCUCCUCCGCCCCCUCGGCGUCAUCGUCGCCGUCGGCAUCCCCGCCGCUGGCACCGCUAUUGCCGGCGCCGACCCCGCUCUCGUCACCUUCGCCGGUAUCCAGAUUCGCGGCAUCCUCGUCACGUCGCGCGUCGACAUGGCUGACGCCCUCCGCUACCUCGCCGAUGGCAAGGUCAAGGAGAACGUCGAGGUUGUGCCCUUCGCAGAGUUCCCCGCCACCCUUGCGGCUGUCGCCGAGUCCAAGACCUCGGGCCGCAAGGUCAUCGAUUACUCCAAGUAG